UCCAUGGAGACGACAAAGCGUGCCUAGGGUAGAGAAAGAUCGUGAUUGCAUGGUCCUGGGUUGAAAAUGGAAGGUAUGUCCACCACCGCCAUGCACCGAUGGGACGGAAGAAGGCAUACGACGACCCAGAGUUAACAUUCUGUCCUAAAAUAAGCGAAACAAGUAGAAAAUUAGCUCUAAAUAGGCGCGACGGUUACUACAAUCAGUACCAAGAAAAUAGUUUAGCUGCCACGCCGCAAUUUUUACUCACCGUACACCGUAGAAUCGAAGAAAGACUCUCUACCUCGGAUGCAAAGAAGACUAUGACAGCAGUAGUUAAAGUACCAAUCACGCACAACACGGGUUCUGAAUUGACUUUUCAACCAAAAUUAAACGAGACGAGUUUAAAGAUCACUAAGGAAAGAGGCCAACAGCUUCGUGUUGAUUUGAUGAAAAAAGCGGCAGCAGUAGCAGCAAGAUUACAAGAAGAAGCUACAUUUACAUUUCAACCUAAAGUGAGCAGCACCAGCGUGAAGAUCGUAGAAAAUCUUGGUACGGAUUUUAUGUCAAGACAGCAACAACAUCUUGAUAAACAAAAAAGACUUCUUGAACAAGCAGCUUCACAUGUUCGUGAAAACAUCCCACUUGGGAGAACUAGCCCUGUGCCAAAAAAUAAGAAACUUAAAGAAAAAGAUAGAGGGGAGACCAGUGACUCUUCCACAUGCGUGACACCUUCUCCAGUCUCAGCCUCUCCCACAGAACAAAUUAAUAACAAAGACAUGAGGGAAUUCACCAUGCCAGUACUGUCCAGUGGUGGGCCCACAAUGUCCACUACAGGGCUGACCAGGUCUAAUAAAAUAACCACCUCAUCUUCCGGUACAGGUCUUAACAGACUGAUGAAUGGACCUCUUGCCAAUAGUAAUUCCAAUGUGAUCAUCAGAAGCCAGAGGAACAGGUUACGCCAUAGCAUGCCAGAGCCUGGACUGUCUGAUACAGACGAUAAAGAUGAUGAGCCUGAACACAUAGGCCACAGCAGAAGUAAAACCAUGCCACCCUCAGAUCUGGGCACUGGACUGAACCGACCCAAGAUGAACAGCAGAAAACUGGCCAUGGUCAACUUAGACAGGGUGAAGAACGCCAAGAUGAUUGCAGAAAAAGCUGCCAAGCAACGUCGAGUGUUCACCAUUGUUGGGCCCUACCCCACCAUGAGAACGACUAUGAGAAAGAGAGGAUGGGUUGAGAAGUUUUAUCGCACAGAGAGUAACCCAAAGAAAUCCCCAAGAAAGAAGAAACCAUCCAAUGGCGGAGAUGAUGACGAUGAUGAUGAUGAUGACGACGAUGAUGAUGGAGAUUAUGAUGAUGAUGAUGAUAUGGGUAAGGAUGAAAAUGCUGUUCCUCCUUGGGAAGAAGAAGAUGGGAUAUAUGGAAUUAUGUCCCGUGUGAUCAGAAAUGUGACCCCCACCUUCAUCUGGAGUGUCAGACGUGAUGCCAUUGACUGCAAGUUCCUGAGGAAAGAGCAAAUGUUCAACCAUUAUGGAAAGGCCACUUUUACAACAAAGGUUGGUCUUCUUGGUGGUAUGAGGAACACUUUAUGGUUUGAAGAUGCUGACCCAGAUGCAUUUUUUCCACGUUGUUACAAACUGAGUAAUGAUGAAGAGAAAGAGGCCUUUACUG